UUAAACGUAUUUAUUUAGUCGUUCGUCGAGGAACUGUGGAGAUUCAACUGAUGUCUGGGUUUCUCUCGGUUCGCCUGCCCUAAUCCUCCGCGCGCUAUACUUUCUCAAUACAGCUUCAACUCGUUUUAGAAUCCUGGAUUUUAUGUAUAUUCAUUAUUCUGCCAGUUGAAAAGUAUCUGAUGGAUGGAACGUCUUGAGCAAUUGGCAUGAUACGUGUGCUUAAAAAUUCAUAAGCUAUUUAUCUGCUGGAAGUUUUGGAAAGACAGCAGAAUGUCUGCUCGGUUGAUGAAAAAGGUUCUAAAAGAACAAGAAACAGCUUUACAGCAACAAGAGCUGCUCAACAGUGAGGAUGGCUCAGAGUCGGUUGACUCUUCUCCUCGCAGGCAGAAUCAUUUUGAUCUUCUUGAGUUUAACAGCAGUGAGGAUGAUGGACAUGGUGAUAACCAAAACUUUUCCAACUCCGACCAGGAAAAGGGUGGAAUUGGUUGUGAGACUGUAGGCUAUGAUUCUACAAGCAAAUAUUCUUCAACUGAUAAGGCAUCUGUUGUCACAGUUUUGACACAAAAUGCUAAAUCCACAAAGAAGAAAAAAAAGAAAAAGAAGAAAAGCAAGGAUGAUAGAUAUUUGAACUCUGAAAGUGAGGAAACAUCUUCUAAUCAGAUGGCAAACUUAACUUUGGAGACUAGCUCUUCUGAUCAUCCACAGAUUGCUGCUCGUCCUGUUAAUUCAAAUCCUGUACACAUAGAUAGAGAUGAGAAAGUACUGAAGAGACAGGGCAAGUCCUCCAUUUUACAAGUUGACCCCAAAUUUCUUAAUGCAGAAAAUGAGUUGCGAAGGAUAUUUGGUUCUAGAGUUGUCAAAUCAUAUGAAAAACACCAUUCAUCUGCAAAUCCUAGGCUUCCAGCUGGUGGUCGACGCGGGAAUCAUCAUUUCAAGCGGACUAUCCUUGUUUCUCCAUCCCAACAUUGGCCACGGUGGGAUGGAUCUUUAACCAUGGAACUACUGGAAACUAGAGAUGGUGUCCACUAUUUCAGAUAUAUGCAGUCAUCAUCUUAUACCGCGGCUCAGAGAGCUUUUGAUUCUGCCAAGGCUCUUCAUGAUCUUAAUGGGAUUGCAAACAUUUUGUUGAACCAUCCUUAUCACACUGAAUCACUGAUUGUAUUGGCAGACUAUUUCAAGUUCACGGGUGAGCAUCAAAUGUCAUCUGAUGCUACUGCAAAGUGUCUGUACGCAAUGGAAUGUGCGUGGCAUCCACUGUUCACUCCAUCACAAAACUGUCAAUUGAAGUUUGUCCAUGAUACGAACAAGCCGUUCUUCUCAUCACUUUUUACCCACAUGAAAAACAUGGAUAGGCGUGGUUGCCACAGAUCUGCGCUUGAAAUUUGUAAGCUGCUGCUCUCUGUGGAUUCCGAUGAUCCAAUGGGUGCUAUGUUUUGUAUCGAUUAUUACUCAUUAAGAGCCGAAGAGUAUGCUUGGUUGGAACAGUUUGCAGAAGAAUACAGACAUGACAACUCACUGUGGCUAUUUCCUAAUUUUUCUUAUUCCCUUGCUGUUUGCCGGUUUUACCUUGAACGCAGUGAAACAAACGGCAGUGGGGAAGCGGAACUUGGGAAAGCUACAUCAAGUGAUUUAAUGAAGCAGGCUUUGAUGCUUCACCCUUCUGUUUUGAAGAAAUUGGUGGAGAAGGUUCCCCUAAAAGAUCGGAUAUGGACAACAACUAUACUAAAGCAUAGUUUCUUUCGAUCCGAGCAAACAGGAAGUCCCUCUUUGGAUCAUUUGAUUUCAAUGUAUGUUGAAAGGAAUUAUUUAAUAUGGAGGCUUCCUGAACUCCAGAAGCUUUUAUGUGACUCGGCACUUUCCGUGAUUGAAACACUGGACGGGCAUGGAAGUGAUGCCAAGGACUGGGCUUGUGUGAGGAAAGAAGCUUUUUCAUCGGAGAAAAAUGAGUAUAGCCAUUUGAUGGUGUCGGAUUUUUCUGAUUCAGUGCCAACAUUGCCCCCGGAUAACCUACAGAACUUCAUCAUUGAUCAAAGGGGCGGGAAUGAGAACAUCGACCGAGUACCUAAUGCUCCUGCAAACCGAGCGCCUCAGGAUUUCUUGAAUCGAAAUGCUCUUGCUGUUUUAUUCGAAUCUAUGUUGCCGUGGAUAAAUUAUGGACCCGGGGAGGGUGAGCAUAUCCAGCCUGAUCAUCAUGGCCCCGGGCGAGCCGACAAUGAAGAGUAAAUGCUGAGCCGGGGCAUCUUGAACAACAGUCUUGGCAUGAAAAUUAGAAGUGGAGAAGCGGUAAGAUUUGUUCUGGAAAUUCUAUCAUAAUAAGCGUUCUGGGCGUCCAAAUUUCAGAUAUGGUAUUACUCUUGACUACAUGUAGUUUUAGCUAUUAAAGAAAGGUAUUUAAUAUUGUAA